AUGGCAGAAGCGCACAGUAUUGCUGCGCUGUCUGUUUCGCUAACGCAUGAUGGCAUAUCCGUAUCAUACGAUCAAGAAUUACUUAAUGAAAUUUUGCAUUCAUUCUUUCGAGCUUACAAAAAACGUGUUGCACGUUUUAAGAAUAACUUUUAUAACGGUAUCUUCCCAGCAAAUGCUUAUACAAUGUGUAUAGUUAUGUUUAUAGUCAGUUUUUUAUCAACUUUUCAUUAUGAUUUUUCAUUUGGUACACUAUAUUUACUGCGAUAUUAUAUCUUCAACUCAUUUUUUGGUAGUGGUGUGUUCACUCAAGUAUUCUCGUUAAUGCUAUAUGGAAUUUUUGUAUGGUUUGUGAUAAUUCAAUUCAUCCGGUUAAGUCUGAAAUGUUUUUUGCUCUAUAAAGGUUGGAUGUUUGAAAAUCCUCAUUCGCGACCACUUUCAAAAUCAUCAAAGUUGUGGUUGACUCUUUUACAUCUAUUAUCAAAAAGCGGCCUUAUGUUACAUUCAUUUCAAGGAGCUUUGCCUCGUCUGCCAUUACCGCGACUAAACGAUACUCUUGAUAAGCACCUUUGUACGAUGCGUCCGGUGUGUACAGAUAAAGAAUAUGAUGAGCUAGUUCAACUUACGGAAGAAUUUCGUACUGGAGUGGGACGGCAUUUACAGUGGUACCUAAUUAUUAAAUCGUUCCUUUCGAUCAAUUAUGUGGCAGAGUGGUGGGAAGAUUUUGUUUAUUUGCGACAGCGUUCACCGAUAAUGAUUAACAGCAAUUACUAUGGCAUGGAUUCAAUCAUAGCACAUCCGACAUGUAAUCAAGCGGCUCGUGCUGCUACAGUGACUUGGGCGGCGCUUUUGUUCCGCCGAAUGAUAGAACGACAGGAGAUAAAACCAUUUGCAUUCUUAUCACAAUUCAAAAUACCACUGUGUACCUCUCAAUAUGAACGAUUGUUCAACAGUUGUCGUGUGCCAUAUUUGGAAAAGGAUAAGUUUUAUCAUUGGAGUGAUGCGAAACAUGUUGCAGUUUAUUGUAAUGGCCGUUGGUUUCGUCUUGCUAUUCAUAAUGGAAAAAGGUUAUACGAGCCAUGUGAACUUCAGAAAGGUUUUGAAGCAAUAUUGAAUGAAAAAGUGAGCUCAGAUGCGGAGGAAAAUUACAUUGCUGCUUUAACAGCCAGUGAUCGGGAUGUAUGGGCGCAAGUACGCAGAAAUUAUUUUACUUCUGGAAUCAAUCAACUUUCCUUGCAUGCAAUUGAAAAGGCGGCAUUUGUAGUUAUCUUGGAUGAGCAUGAAGUUUUCUAUGACCCUAAUGAUCCAUCGAAAUUAGAUUUCUGGGCUAGCAGCUUACUGCAUGGUACUGGAUGUGAUCGUUGGUUCGAUAAGUCGUUCAAUUUCAUCAUUUUUAAGAAUGGAUAUUUUGGUAUCAAUGCUGAGCAUUCUUGGGGUGACGCGGCAGUGAUAGCUCACUUAAUGGAAUUUUGUGCUAUAAAAACAGUUUGUGAAUAUAAUUAUGAUGAAAAUGGAAAUACACGUGGACAAGUGGAAUCGAUCCCGAAAUAUGAUCGAUUACGAUGGCACAUUACACGUGAAUUAAAUAGCACAAUAAUGAAAUGUUUUCAAACAGGACGUGCCUUAAUUGAUGAUGUAGAAAUGGCAUUAUUGGUUUGGACUAAAUAUGGUAAAGGCCUUAUAAAAAAGUUACGCGUAUCACCAGAUGGUUUUCUUCAGUUGGCUUUACAACUUGCAUUCUACCGUAAUCAGAAAAAGUUUGCUUUAACUUACGAAGCAGCAACGGCACGUUUAUUCCGAGAAGGACGAACAGAAACUGUUCGAUCAUGUUCCUCGUAUAGUUGUGACUUUGUUCAUGCUAUGCUCGAUCCAGAUCAAACUUAUCAGGAGAGAUUAAAAUUGCUUAAUGCUGCUUGUAAUUAUCAUCAAACAAUGUACCGUGAUGCAAUGUGUGGUAAAGGGGUUGAUCGACAUCUUUUUGCUCUGUACAUUGUUAUGCGCUAUCUAAAAUUUAAAUCGCCAUUCUUGGAAAGAAUAUUCCCACCCACUUUUUUGCUUUCUACUAGUCAAACACCAUUGAAUCAAUGUGGAGAAGAAGUAAAAUAUGUUAAUCUUGACCCUCAUAAAUUUGGCACUGCUGGUGGUGGUUUUGGGCCAGUAGCUGAUAAUGGUUAUGGUGUUUCAUAUAUUAUUGUUGGCGAUGAUAUGAUUUCUUUUCACAUUUCAUCGAAACGUUCAGCACAUAAUACGAGUUCGGCAAGAUUACGGGAUGAUAUCGCUAGAAGUCUUGAAGAUAUGAGCCUACUUUUGCAAGGAUAA